ACACACACACACAGAGGAGGCGCACACACGCGCUUACACUGAGCCACAGCCGCACCCCCAGGGCGCUCACCCCUUCGGCCCCAGCCCAGCUCAGGCCGUCCGGUCCAGAGCGGGGAGCGUGCACCGGGCGGUCGCCCGGCAGGACAGACGCGGGGAGGAGGGCUCGCUCGCUCUCCUGGGAUCCCCGGGCUCUGGCUCGGGCGCGGGCCCGGGGGCGCGGGGGCUGCGGGAUGCGGGCUGGCGUCCGCCGGAGCCCGGGGGGGCUACGGGCGCUGUUCGCGGCGCUCGGGGCGGCGGCGGCGGCGCUGGCGCUCGGGGCAGCCGCCUACAACCUGGACCCGGAGCACGCCGUGCUCUACCGAGGGCCCGCCGGUUCCUUCUUCGGCUACGCAGUCCUCGAGCACUUCCACGACAACACCCGCUGGGUCCUGGUCGGCGCUCCGAAGGCAGAUUCAAAGUACAGCACUUCGGUGAAGUCCCCUGGAGCCGUGUUUAAAUGUAGAGUCCACACUAACCCCGACAGGAGGUGCACAGAGCUGGACAUGAUUCGAGGAAAGAGUCGAGGCACGUCUUGCGGAAAGACAUGUAAAGAAGACAGGAAUGAUGAGUGGAUGGGGGUUAGCCUGGCGAGGCAGCCCAGAGCAGACGGCCAAGUGCUGGCCUGUGCACAUCGCUGGAAAAACAUCUACUAUGAGACGGAUCACAUCCUUCCCCAUGGCUUCUGCUAUAUCAUCCCUGCCAACCUCCAGUCCAAAGGCCGGACCCUGAUCCCCUGCUACGAAGAGUAUAAGAAGAAAUAUGGGGAGGAGCAUGGCUCGUGCCAAGCUGGGAUAGCAGGCUUCUUCACUAGCGAGCUGGUCGUGAUGGGAGCCCCCGGUUCUUUUUACUGGGCAGGGACCAUCAAGGUCCUGAACCUCACAGACAACAUGUACUUCAAGCUGAAUGAUGAAGCUAUCACGAACCGGCGCUACACGUACCUGGGAUAUGCGGUGACUGCAGGUCAUUUUGUGCAGCCGUCCUCCACUGAAGUGGUAGGGGGAGCCCCUCAGGAUGAAGGCAUCGGAAAGGUUUACAUUUUCAGAGCUGACCGAAGAUCGGGAUCCUUAAUUAAGAUCUUUCAAGCAUCUGGCAAAAAGAUGGGCUCUUACUUUGGCUCCUCCUUAUGUGCAGUUGACCUGAACGCGGACGGCCUCUCGGACUUGCUGGUCGGCGCGCCCAUGUUUUCUGAGAUCAGGGAUGAGGGUCAAGUCACCGUCUACAUCAACCGAGGAAAUGGGGCCCUGGAAGAGCAGCUGGUCCUGGAUGGUGACCGUCUCUACAAUGCCCACUUUGGAGAGAGCAUCGCAGAGCUGGGGGACAUGGAUGACGACGGGUUCCCAGAUGUUGCCAUUGGGGCUCCUAAAGAAAACGACUUUGUGGGAGCUGUGUACAUCUAUCAUGGAGAUGCCAACGGGAUUGUCGCCCAGUAUUCCAUGAAACUGUCUGGGCAGCAGAUAAACCCAAUGCUGCGCAUGUUUGGGCAGUCGAUCUCGGGAGGCGUCGAUAUGGAUGGCAAUGGUUAUCCAGAUGUCACCGUGGGAGCCUUCAUGUCGGACCACGUCGUGCUGCUGAGGGCCAGACCCGUCAUCACAGUGGACGUCUCCAUCUUUCUCCCAGCCUCCAUCAAUAUCACGGCACCCCAGUGCCACGAUGGCCAGCAGCCGGUGAACUGCCUCAAUGUCACCACCUGCUUUCGCUUCAGCGGCAAGCACGUUCCAGGAGAGAUGGGCUUGAAUUAUGUCUUGACGGCCGAUGUGACCAAAAAGGAGAAGGGCCAACAGCCUCGGGUAUACUUCGUGUCUCUUGGAGAAACAAUGGGGCAGGUGUCUGAGAAGAUGCAGCUCUCUUACAUGGAGGAGAAGUGUGAACACUACCAAGCCCACGUGAAGCGGAGGGUCAAGGACGUCAUCAGUCCAAUUGUGUUCGAAGCUGCCUACAGCCUUGGCGACCACGUGAUUGGAAAAGGGGAGAAAGAGCUGCCUCCUCUUCGACCCAUUCUUCGUUGGAAAAAGGGCCAGAAGAUUGCUCAGAAGAACCAGACUGUUUUUGAGAGGAAUUGUCACUCGGAAGACUGUGCAGCCGAUCUGAAGCUUCAGGGCAGACUGCUGCUCUCUGGCACUGAUGCAGAGACCCCAUACCUGGCCCUGGGAGCUGUGAAGAAUCUUUCUCUCAACAUUUCCAUCUCCAACCUGGGGGAUGAUGCCUACGAUACCAACGUCGCUUUCAAUGUUUCUCGAGAGCUGUUUUUCAUCAACAUGUGGCAAAAGGAGGAGAUGGGCAUUUCCUGUGAAUUGCUGGAGUCUGACUUCCUCAAAUGCAGCGUGGGAUUUCCUUUCAUGAGGUCAAAGACCCAGUAUGAGUUCAGUGUGAUCUUCGACACCAGCCACCUAUCUGGGGAGGAGGAGACCCUGAAAUUCCUCGUGACUGCUCAAAGUGGCAACGUAGAACGCUCUGACUCACUGCAUGACAACACCCUCAUUCUGUCGGUCCCUCUGGUGCAUGAAGUAGACACGUCCAUUGCUGGAGUCGUGUCUCCCACUUCUUUCGUGUAUGGUGAAUCCAUCGAGGCAUCCAACUUUGUUCAUCUGAAGGAAUGGGAAUGCCAAUACCAGCCUCUCAACAUCACCCUGCAGGUUUAUAACACCGGACCGAGCACCCUUCCUGGCUCAUCAGUCAACUUCUGGAUCCCCAACCGGCUUUCUGCAGGAGACGUCGAGAUGUUUGUCAUUGAGGAGGUGAUGGUUGGCCAAGAGAAAGGAAACUGCUCUUUCCAAAAGAAUCCAGCCCAAUGCAUUAUCCCUCAAGAGCAGGAAAACAUCUUUCACACAAUAUUUGCAUUUUUCACCAAGUCUGGCCGAAAAGUACUGGACUGUAACAGAGCUGGUACUCCCUGCCUCAGCAUCCAGUGCAACCUGAGUGUGCUGGCCAAAGAGGAGAGCCGCAGUAUUGACCUCUACAUGCUCCUGAACACGGAGAUACUGAAGAAGGAUAGCUCAUCAGUCAUUCAAUUUGUGACCCGAGCCAAAGUGAAAGCGGAUGCCACUCUCCGGGUGGUGGAAGUAGCCAAUGGGAACCCAGAAGAGAUCUCGGUGGUCUUUGAAGCACUGCACAAUUUGGAGCCUCGUGGUUAUGUUGUGGGCUGGAUUAUUGCCAUCAGCUUGCUGGUGGGCAUCCUCAUCUUUUUAUUGCUGGCUGUGCUCUUGUGGAAGAUGGGCUUCUUUCGCAGAAGGUACAAAGAAAUCAUCGAAGCUGAGAAAAACCGGAAAGAGAAUGAAGACAGUUGGGACUGGGUCCAGAAAAGCCAGUGAGGCACCAUGCAAACCACCACUGGUCACGUGCCGCCACGCCUGCUCACUGGUUGUCCCUGUUCUUUGUAUCUUCCAUAUGUGGAAGAAAGAAUCUUCUCCAGAUUUUUCGGAGGUCCAUCGAUGCAGUCUUGUUCCUCGUUCUAGCAAGCAAGGGAGCAGAUCCCGAGGCCACCCCUGCAGCCUUGGCACGUGACCUGAGCAGUGCACUGAGGCUGCAAUGGGGCAAUCAUGAACUCCAGAGAGCAAGCUGUGUGCUGAGCAAUAUUUAUGAGUCCAACGUAUGUGGUAAACCCUCAGGGGAAGACUGUUGCCUAGAAGUAUUUUUGAUAAAUACAAGCCUUUUAUACUGAUUAUGUCUUUAUAUUUGUAUCGAUGUUUUAUUAUUUCUAUUAAAUAGCUAUAUAGUUCACUCAAGCACUGAUUUCUGGCUGAAA